UUGAUGAUCUUGUUAUUGGUUCCUAUAAUUUAUAAUAUAUUUAUAAUGCAUAAUUAUAACUUUCUUAAUUUAGUAAUAGAUCUCAGAGAUGAUUUAUGUUAAUAUUCUUAAAACUUAGUAAAGUUUGAAAACAUUUAUAUUAAUAUUAAAAUUAAUAUUGAAGUUGAUGCUAUGUAAAAAUAAGCGUAACAUUAUCAUAUUGCUAUUUCAAUGCUUUAUAAAAUCUUAUUGUAAUUGUAUUUUUUUCUAUAUUUCAUUUUCUACAUCACCAUAUACAAUAAUUACUAUUUUCAUAAAAUUUAACAUUUAAAAUAUUUUUAAGUUAUAAUUAAGUUCUUUCAAGGUAAUAUUUAAUUAUAAAUUAUCUUUUAAAUUUUUUAAACUAAGAAAACUAAAAUUUUUUUGUUUUUUUUGAUAAAGUCGUGGUCUGUGCAACCUUUAAUUGUAGCAAGACUAAAUUCUAUGGUUUGAAACAAAUGAUUGGCGAGAGAUAUUCUUGGGAGAAGCAUGGGAAGCGUUAGGUGUCUUUUGCUAUCGGUAUUUCCCUAUAGUAUACUGAUACUAUAGGUGUGCCCUCAUCACUAUAUAAACCUAGUACCUAUUGAUAAUGCCCGGAGGCUCCCCCAAUUAAAGGAAAUUAAAUAUUAGAAUUGUUCGUGAUUUGUGAUUUUGAUUUCUUAAGAAUAUUCUAGAAA